AACUGGCAGAAAUUUCUAGGACGGACCCUGUCAACCUACCCCCGCGAUCACUGUCCUCAACGGACAGGACACUCGCACAAAGCCAAGAACAGGGUUUCACUUAAACAACAGCGCAGACAGGCCACAGCCUUAUCUCCUGCUGUUCAACAGGAAACACCACGAGGUGUCCGUCUCUCGUUCCUGACCUCCUUAUCAAACUUGCUCCGCCUCGGAUCGAUCUGCGCAGGCGCCUGUGGGACGGCUGAAGGAGUCUUCACCAUAGCCCACGUUACCAUGGCCACCCACUUCUUCAAGGAUCAGGGGGAGAGAAUCAAGUGUGUUAAGGGGGACCUUUUCUCAUGUCCCCAGACGGACUCGUUGGCUCAUUGCAUCAGCGAGGACUGUCGCAUGGGUGCAGGCAUAGCUGUUCUUUUUAAGAAGAAGUUUGGAGGUGUACAAGAGCUGUUAGAUCAACAAAAGAAAACUGGGGAGGUGGCAGUUCUACAAAGAGACGACCGAUAUAUAUACUACCUGAUUACGAAGAAGAAAGUUUCCCACAAACCAACAUAUGAGAAUAUGCGAAAGAGUUUAGAAGCCAUGAAAACUCACUGUCUCAACAAUGGAGUUACUGACAUUUCCAUGCCUAGGAUUGGAUGUGGACUUGACCGCCUGGACUGGAGUAAAGUUUCAGCAAUACUUGGGGAAGUGUUUGAAGACACAGAUAUUAAGAUCACAGUUUACACUCUGUGAUCAAAAGAUUGUAAAGAUAGCCUUAUUUCCCCCGCUUUCAGGAGCGUCAACUUCUUAACCGGUCGGGGGAAAACUGCAUGCUGAGCACAUUCUUCUUCUGAGCAUAGCUCACUGUUGUGUUGUCAGUGGCAGUAACUUUAAAAAGAUAAAACCCAGAGCAGCUAGUUUGGAAUGUAGUGUUUAGGGAUCCUGUGAAGAAGGCGGGGGUCUUGUGGAAGCCCUUGGGGAGCUUACAGUGUGUCCUAGCAAACCACCAGAUGUCACUGCUCUUCCACCAAGCACCUGCCUACGCCAGAGCCUCUGCUGCAAAGGUGGCAGUCCCCUUGUGGAGUGAAAUUAGGGCUGUCUAGUGCUUAGGUGAAUGUUUGUUGGUUUGUUGUUCUGGUUCAUAAUGAUGAGCUGUGGAGCCCCUGACACUUUUGUUUUAAAGUUUCGCAAUGUUCAUAUAAAGAACAGAGUAAGUAACCUGUAUUCUGUAAAGGAUUAAAAAUUAAUUUUUUAUCUUCUGGGCACAGAUACUUUUUUUUUUAAUGAGAUUGUACUUACUAAGAACUAUGCUGUCAAUAUUAAGUAAAUAGCUUUUCAGUACUCUGCUGUCAGAUCAAAUCGCAGUCCCUUGUGAAAAACCAUACCUAUGUCUGUACUUAUUGUAGCUGUAUUCUAGAGGAAAGCUGGGUUUUGAAAGAGAAAGCUGUAGAUGUGGGGAAAAUGCCUAGUAGGUGCAUAUAAUUGGUGUAGUCUGCAGAACUCGCUUUGCUGAGAAUCCUCACUCAUGAAGUAUUGAUGUGCUGUAAAAGGUUGCAGUACUGAAUAUAUGGGUUGGUGUUCCUAUGGAAUUUUUUACUGCCUUUGUAGUUUAGCUGUUAUAUGUGGGUUGGUGUCUGAUGUUACCGAACUGCAAAAGCAAAUCAGUUAAGUAGCACACUUAAUGCAUCAGACCAUUGGUAAACGUUUGUUUCUUUGAAAAGUUUGGUUUCAGUACUGAAGAGCUGUCAUAUAAUCUUACUAUCUUUUAUACUUGAUUCCCCCCUACGCUGCCAUAAUAACAAAUCUUCUGACUCCGUUAUGCUCAAUGCCUAGAAAAAUGCCAGGCACUUCCAAAUAUGUUGAAUAAACCUAACAGAUGAGACGUAAUGGUUAGAGAAGUUGUUAGCAUAAAAGAGUGUUCCUAAUAAUUACUUCUCACUAAACGUUAAACGUAUGGAGCCUUUUUUUUUUUUUCUUAGCAUUGUGGGUGAAUAUGUAUUGUGUGUUUUCUUUGCUGAUGUAACUCUGCAAAUUCUGUUGGUGUCUUUAACAGCUUUGUGUUAUUUCUCUCCCUGUUCAUUGACCGUCCUUUAUUUCUUUGUAAACUUGUUUUUGGUAGAUAAUUUCUGUAGCAGAUAUGCAAUUGUAAAAAAAAAAAAAAAAAAAAAAAACCUGAG